AUGAGCCCUCAGAUGAGACCAGGAUGGUUAAAGGCCAUAGCGGGCCUUCCCCGAAGCUUCUUGAAGCAAUUUGUCGUUCAUUUCGACAUCCCCAAAGCCGGCCUCACCACGCCAUCAGGGGCAAGUUUCUUGCCUUCUCUUACCUUGAAAGAGGCAUUGGCUCUCACCCGUUACCGCUGGUCGCAGUGGAUUUUUCCUCCAAGGGCCCCAUCGGGAUCGCCCAACACGGCCUCGGGGGCCCUUACCGGCACCCCUGUUAGGGAAACCCCCUCCUUUCGUCCCCCCUCUCUCUGGCCUUCUCGCCUCCCUCUACCAAAGUAUCCCCCUCCACCGCAUGCGGAGGAAGUACCAGAGGGCCUCCUGAGGGUGCAAGCCAUUGGCCAUGGCUCCUUCCUUCUCCAGACAAGCGGGUUACGAGGAAGUCCUCUUCGCCCGCUCAGCAUUAUCACGGAUCCUUUCUUUUCAACACAUGCAGGCCCCUGGGGUCGCGUCGGAGUCCGGCGUGUUAGCCAGCCAGGGGUGUCCAUCUCCUUCCUCCCAUCCAUAGACAUUGUACUCCUUACAUCGCCUUCGUACGAUUCCAUGGAUAUGAAGACCCUCAAGGAGCUGCAGUCAGCCUUCUCGCCCGUCAUAAUAGGGCCUCGAGGCACAGUAGGGCCUCUUUACCUGCCACCCAAGCUCCGAGGUUCGGCGUAUUCUCUUCAGUGGGAAGACGAGCCGCUCAAGCUCGGCGGAGCCUUCUUUUCAUUGCUUCCUACUGCGGGAGGUGCUCCCUCACGGUGGGGACUUGACAAGGGUGUGGGGGGCUGGGGGGCCUUCUGUGUGUUGCUUGGAACCCAUCAGGUGUACGUCGGGGGGGCCCAGGGGUACAACCCGGCUCUUCUCGCUGCUGCGGCAGCCACAGCGCAGCAACAACGGCUUGCUGCUGCGCUGAACGAGCAAGAAGCAGCAGUGAGGGAGAAAUACGAAGCCUUGUGGGGGCCCCUGGAGGCGGAUGAUCCGACGCCUCAAGCCAAAGAGAUGGCCACAGAGCUUGCAGCGGCAAGACACAGAAUUCUCGCACAGCAACCCCAAGGCCAGCAUGAGGGGGUGUCUAAAGCACCAAGAGACUCACCAGGCAUCGACUUAGCUCUGCUACCUAUCGGGGGAUAUGAACCGACACAACUGCUGCAACGGUUCCACAUGACGCCAGAGGAGGCUGUGGAAGCCCACCGUCUUUUGGGUUGCAGGGCCACUAUAGCGUCGCGCUUUGAUGUACUACCCCUGGGAGCAGAACCCUUUGGAGAGGCUCCUCAGCGAGCUGCCGCUGCUUGUGUGGAGCGGGGUGUACCGUUUAAUCCUCAUGCAAAGACUCAGGGAGGGCCCUCAAGCAAGGCCGAUCCAGGAUUCUACACGCUACAACCAGGGGAGGCGAUUUAUGUGUAA